AUGGGACGAGCGUCGGACAACAGCGUGAAUCCAGCCGUGCUCGCCGCGGAGUACGCGGUGAGAGGGCCCAUCGUGCAAAAGGCGCAACAGCUCGAGAAGGAUCUCGCGAGCGGUGCGAAGCUGCCGUUCGAUAAGGUGGUGUACUGUAACAUCGGAAACCCGCACGCGCUGGGUCAGAAGCCGGUGACGUUCUUCCGUCAGGUGCUCGCGGCGUUGGAUUGCCAAGGUCUUGACGGCGCGUUCCCGUCGGAUGUGGUCGCGCGUGCGCAGGAGUACAAGGGAAGUAUUCGAGGCGGUACGGGCGCUUACUCGGAGUCCAAGGGCGUGUACGUCUUGCGUGAACGCGUCGCGAAGGGGAUCACGGCGAGGGAUGGGAUCAAGUGCGAUGCGGAUGACCUGUUCUUGCUUGACGGGGCCUCGGCUGGGUGCCACCAUAUCAUGAACGUGCUAAUCAAGUCCGCGGACGACGCCAUCAUGUGCCCGAUUCCGCAGUACCCGCUGUACUCCGCGGCACUUACGCUGUACGGGGGUACGCUCACGCCGUACUACCUCGACGAAGAGGGCGGAUGGACGCUUAACGUUGAGCACCUGAAGGAGCAAGUCGCGAGCGCACGCGCCGCAGGCAAGAAUGUCCGCGCACUCGUGGUCAUCAACCCGGGCAACCCGACCGGCAACGUUCUUCCGGACGAAAACUUGACCGCGACGGCUCAGUUCUGCGCUGACGAGGGCCUCAUGCUUAUCUCCGACGAAGUUUACCAGGAGAACGUAUAUGCUGAUGGCAAGAAGUUCACCAGCAUGCGCAAGAUCGUGCACGACGCGGGUCUCACAGAUAAGUUGGCGUGCCUGAGCUUCCAAAGCAUCAGUAAGGGUUAUUACGGCGAGUGUGGCCGACGUGGGGGAUACAUGGAGCUCACCGGUAACUGGGAUGAAGGCAUUAAGGAUGCGCUUCUCAAGCUCGCCUCCAUCGCUCUUUGUCCAAACCUCGCCGGCCAGGUGUGCACGUCGAUGGUCAUGGACCCGCCCAAGCAGGGCGAGCCGUCCUACGAACUCUUCAGUAAGGAGCGCGACGACAUUCUUGCAUCGCUCAAGCGUCGUUCCAUCAAGCUAAGCGCGGCACUCAACGCGCUUGAGGGCGUGACCUGCAACGCUGCAGAUGGUGCUAUGUACUGCUUCCCGAACUUGACGUUCCCGCAAAAAUUCAUGGACGACUGCGUGGCCGCCGGCAAGGUUCCGGAUGCUGAGUACUGCAGCCGCUUGUUGCUCGCUACUGGUAUCGUGACCGUUCCGGGCUCUGGCUUCGGUCAAAAGCCGGGCACGUGGCACUACCGCAUCACCUUCUUGCCCAGCGAGGAGGACAUUGAAGGCGUCGCCAUCAAGCUCGCUGACUUCCACGAGAACUUCAUGGCACAAUACAAGUGA